CCCAUCAGUUGUGCUUUCAUUUCCGGCCAGUCAAGUCGCUUCUAACCGACACAGCUGUCAAAAAGUCCCGACUGACCCUUUUCUCUCUUUCUCCCACUAUCCAUCACAUCACAACCCCCAAGUGGUGUUUCGCAUGGUAGCACUAGUCCGAUUCCGAGUUAUAUUAUUACACCAAGUUAGGUUCGAUGCGCCACAUUGUUUAAUGACGCCAACUCUCUCCUGGCCGGCCGCCGCUCUCCAUGAAAAAUCGGACCGCUAUCGUCUGUAACACUGUGCACGCACUCGACGGUGGAGGUGCUUGAACGAUAGCAAAAAGCUCGAGAGAUUAAAGUAGACGUAUACUACUUGGCGAAAAUGUGCUGGUGGUUCCCUGUGGUCAUUACAAUUGUUUCCGCUCUGUGCGGAUGUAGCCGGGCGGCUUUCCUUCUGGGCUACACGGCCGAAUCGUGCGACGACCUCCGACCUCAUCGGAUCCCUUUCGCUCAAGAUCUGAUGGGCCAGUCGGGCGGAUUCCAACCCGGUCUCGGCUCGAACGGUCUGCCCAUUAAUGCUCCCGGUUUCAAUAGACCCAAUCCGAACGGACCGGCUGCGGACGGUGUCAACAUCCAGCCGGUUCUGAUGACGACCGUGACUCCCUACAGGAUUUUGACUGCAGAUAGCCGCUACAAAAAAGGACGCGCUAUUGAAGUGAGACUGGAGGGUCGUGAAUAUUUCGAAGCGUUCGUCAUGGAGGCUAGAGCACUCGGCGGAGGACCAACCAACAAGUUACCGCAAGCGGGUGUCGGUCGUUUCGUCGGAGCUCCGAAAACGGCCAUGUUUCUGAGCUGUAGAGAUCGGUCGUCGUCGGCCGUCGUCAACGCCCCCAAUCCCGUCCGCAUGAACAACUUGACAUUCACCUGGGAAGCGCCAUUCCAAGAUGUCGGCGACAUUUAUUUCAUAGCCAGCGUCCUAUUGGGCGAUCGCUAUUGGGUCUUCACGUCGGAGAGAUUACUCAGCAAUCCGUUUCCGGGGGAGUUGGUGGGCUGCGGCAUCCGGCGUACCUGCGUCAGACUCUGCGGCUAUUACCAGUCGAGUCCAAUUUGUUCGCUGGACGAAGCCGAAUACGUUUUGAUUAUCGAGAUCGACCCGUCGUUGCGCGAAGCUCAAAUCACGAUCGGCGGAUUCAUUCGGGAUCCGCAGACUUACGUCGCCUUCGGGAUGGCUUACAGCGACUUUUCGUUAACGGACAUGGACAUGAGCGUCUGCAUGUUGGACCGCGGUCGUGUCACCCUCGGUCACUACUACGUCAAACAGGAGAUUUUCCCUCCGUUCCCUCACGCUGGUAUUAUCGUCCCCGAUUUGACGGAUCUAGAUAACAAUCGAUUAUGGUGCAGGUUUAGGCGGCCUCUACUACCUUACGGCCCGACCAGCAUCAACCCCACCCGUUCCAUGUAUCAUUACUACUUCAAAGGUCCCAAGAAUGAUUCAGGAAUUUAUUUACCGGAAAACAUUUACAAGAUGAACAUUUCUCCGCGUCAGUACAACAUCACGGAAUUCUACACGGACGUACAAAUCAGCAACAGAGCGUUUCUUCCGGUUGCCAGCAGGCAUUUAUUGGUCGUCAUCUUUCUACUUUUAGUCGGACUUCAUUCAAGAGCAACUUAAUUACAUUUUUCAAAAAUUCCUAUAUCACAAAAUUCACAAUUCAAAACGAUACUCAUGAUGUUACAGCAUAUAUUUUUUGCCCUCCUUUUAUUCAAGAUACGCACCUGCACGAUUUCUAUUCAAUGUUUGAUUUUACCGCCAACUAUUUAGUCAGCGGGAAAAUACA